CGGUCCUCCCUGCAGAAGUAUCAAAUAUCUUUUUUCGCAGGAACUCGGAAGCUCCUUGUAAAUGGCGUCCCAUGCUACCACCUCACACUUGCAGAAUUCCUAUCUCUUCCAUGCUACCCAUAAAAUGCAAACACUCUCUGUAUCUUCUGCGAGCACGAAAGCUUCAUGGGACACGGAGCAGAGGCUUCCUUAUAAUCCCAAUGCUCCCAGAAAGCUCAAGAAGAACACGAACACUCUCAGCCAGACGCCAAUUUUAAAAGCAUCUCCUUCUCUUAGUUCAUCUUCCUCAACUACAUGGACGGAGAAGUACGUUUCUGAUCUUCUGAAGCGCAACAGUCCUGACACUAGUGAAGGGAGUACAGCAGAGCCAGACGAAACCUACUUGGGAUAUGAGAGAUGGUUACCAAGUCCUCCAAAAGUGGUGAAGCCUCGAUCUGUAUUUAAUGCAGCGUCCUUAGCAUAUAUUGGCGAUUGUAUAUAUGAGCAGCUGUAUGCUCGCAGGCACUUUUUAUUUCCUCCCCUAAGUAUUGAAGAAUACAAUGAUCGUGUGAUGGCAGUUGUACGCUGUGAAGCUCAAGAUGCAUUGCUCCAGAAACUUCUUAACAGUAACUUCUUAUCAGAACAAGAGAGGGACGUGCUUCGAUGGGGAAAGAACAUCGGUUCAAGCAAAACACGUACCAAAAAGCGUGCUGGCGCAGCUGUAUAUAACAGAGCAUCUUCGCUGGAAACAUUAGUUGGUUAUCUCUAUUUGACUAAUGUGAACCGCUUGGAGAAGCUAAUGUUGGAGUUGGGAUUUUCAAUUGACUCUUCAGCAUGUUUUAACAUGGAAGAAGCAAUUUCAGGAAGGCUGAAUAAUGGAUAAAGACAAUCUUCAACUCAUCUUCCAGAAGAGCAGAAUAUACAAGAAGAAUAGUGUGCUUAUAUUAGCCUGCACAAGAUCUCAGUUUUGAUAAACUGAAUUCCCCAUUUACUUAUGUAAAAUGAUAGAUGUUGUAUGGUUCUCCAAUGGCUUGAUUUGCCGUACUCAAGAUCUGAAGCCUUCUAACUUCUCAUGUGAAAUUGUUGUACAAAUACUGUGACCUUGUAGAAUAUUUAUCAUUCUUUUCAUCUUA